CACCCGGGGGCACUGUUUUCCCGUAGUUCGCGCUACGCCGCUGCUGCAGCACAGAAGAAGCAGCUCCGUUGGUGCAUGUCUUUGACGAUGGCGGCCGCCUUGAGGGGAAGCUUGGUAACAUUGGUCAAGGGCCUGAGUGGCCCCCGAUGGCAGCAGCUGGCAUCUCGACCACUGAGUUUAUCUGCGGGUCUCUGUAGUCCAGAAGCCCCACCGGCCCGCGCAGAUGCUACCUUCAAGGUCACAAUGGUACCGGGGGAUGGAGUGGGACCUGAGCUGAUGACUGCUGUCAAGGAAGUCUUUAAGGCAGGAGAUGUCCCGGUAGAAUUUGAGGAGUUCCACCUGAGUGAGGUACAAAACAUGGCCAGUGAGGAGAAACUGGAGCAAGUGUUGACUUCUAUGAAGAACAACAAAGUGGCCAUUAAAGGAAAGAUUCACACACCCAUGGAGUUCAAAGGGGAACUGGCUUCAUAUGAGAUGAGACUGAGGCGUAAACUGGACCUGUUUGCUAAUGUGGUUCACGUGAACAGCCUGCCGGGCUACAACACUCGCCACAACAACUUGGACCUGGUCAUCAUCCGCGAACAGACCGAGGGGGAGUACAGCUCAUUGGAGCACGAGAGUGUGAAGGGUGUGAUCGAGUGUUUGAAGAUAAUCACCAGAGAGAAGUCACGGCGCAUCGCCAAGUUCGCCUUCGAUUACGCCACCAAGAAGGGGCGAAACAAGGUCACCGCUGUUCACAAAGCGAACAUCAUGAAAUUAGGUGAUGGCCUGUUUCUGCAGAGCUGUGCGGAGGUGGCACAACUGUACCCCAAAAUCAAAUAUGAGAACAUAAUCAUUGAUAACUGUUGCAUGCAGCUGGUCCAGAACCCAUAUCAGUUUGACGUGCUGGUGAUGCCAAACCUGUACGGUAACAUUAUUGAUAACCUGGCAGCAGGGCUGGUUGGAGGAGCAGGAGUUGUUCCUGGGGAAAGCUACAGUGCAGAGUAUGCUGUGUUUGAGACUGGUGCACGCCACCCCUUUGCGCAAGCUGUAGGAAGGAAUAUUGCCAACCCCACAGCCAUGCUGCUCAGUGCUUCUAACAUGCUCAGGCACCUCAACCUGGAAUAUCACUCCCAAAUGGUGUCAGAUGCUGUCAAGAGAGUCAUCAAACAGGGCAAGGUACGGACUCGAGACCUUGGCGGGUACUCUACCACUGGUGACUUUGUGCAUGCUGUUGUGGAAAACCUGCGUCAUCGACCUAUUUACUAAGAUGUUCCAUCACGCUCCUCACUGACAUUUCCUUAAAUCUGGACACUGUCUUAACAUGAAGUGGCCUCGUGUUAAGACUCACCAUCUCCCCUCUCACUGCCAAAUGACAGUUGCGUCACACAGUUUUGACAUCCUGAUGUGUAUCUGGGUUUGGUAAAAGAUCCAGUGGAAUCAGUGUUGCCUUGUGUUGUACUUUACUAAAAAUGUGCAGCUCACAAGGCCUCCUCUCAAGGACAUACAUCCUACUGCUCGCCCCCCUCCAUGGACACCACUCUUUCCUCAUAGGUCAUGCCCCUCACUUUGCAUUGUUUUGCUUUUUCAGUUUUUACUUGGCUAAGAUCAUCUUUUGUCAUUCCUGAAGACCUUUUUGUCCACCUAUUUUCAUGUGCUUGUUGCUUGUUGCUCAAUUAUCUACAUAUUUCAGCCAUGAUGACCAUAUAAACUACCUCUCUAUCACACAUUAUUUAGUAUAGAAACUUACUGUGGAACAACCACACUGUCUUAAUCAACAGUUUAUAUAUCAGCUAAUGUACUCUUUCCUCAAAAUUCACCACCAACAGACUUCAAAAUUUCCUUUCUCUGCUUUCCCAAUUACUCAGAACUGAUUCAGCUAAAGCAGUGCUGUAAGCAGUGCUGUAAAUACAGCUAAAGCCUGGAACAACUCUGCCAAAUCAAAAAUCAACAAAAACAUUUAGACACAAGAUAUACAUUAUGUUCAGGUCUUGCUCCAUUGUUUGUCAAAUCAUUUACAGGUGUUCUACCAAAACGAGGUUUUACAAUAAUUCUGCUGUUUUAAUAUCCACAGAAAACCUCCUUAUGUGAUGAUGACAGUGUCCAUUAAACUACUCCGCUGUUCAUUUUCUGUGUAGUGCCCAGAAUAUACGCUAGGCUUGAUUUAUAAAUUGGUACACUGUUAAUUUAUUUUUUUAGUGUUUUUGUGACAACAAAUUAGUAAAUGGGUAUAUUCAUUAUUUUUAUAUUUAAACACCAUGUCCGAGUACUAAUAUAAACCAGUUUUGUCCUAAUAUGGUGCUGCUCAUUCCCACAGAACUGUUCAUGCCACCGACGCUGUAAGAAAUUAAAACGCUGCUCUGUCUCACCACUUCAUCUAUCAUGCUUUUUAUAUAACUGUGCCGCAUUCAUUAUUUGUGGUUGUGAACCACAAAAAGUAAAAAAAAUAAAGCAAUAUAUUAGUAAUUGUACUCUUGUUUUGACCUUUGGCACAAUCCAAAUGUUAAAGCCCAUUAUGGAGAAUGCUUACUACGGCUAGUCUAAACAGUGUCGUGUUUUUAUGUUUAUCAGAUUGUUUCAUUUUGACAAAAAAUCUUAUAUGGAAAUUUCAUACUUAUAUUAAAGCUGGUCACAAGUGUGA